UGAAAAUUCGCAAAAACAAAAUUCCCCAGAUCGUGUGAUGUUAAAAAUCGAUUGUCUAUAUUUAUUAACCUAAAAAGCGUUUUGUUUCCAUGAUAUAGAAGUGAGAAUGUAAUUAGCUAAUGUUCGAAAAUAUAAAUGACUAUAGAUGACAUGUGAAACAAGCGUUCCUGUUUACCAAAAAUCGAGGGGAAUCCGUGGAUAGCAUUAAAUCCUCCAAUAUGGCUACUAAUAGUACUAAUAACAUAGGAAUUGACUGGCUGGGUACGAUGGGCAGUCUCGGAGUCGGGGUGGACUUUGAUAAUUCUUCCGAUCAUCCAGGAACAUCAAAUAUGAAUCAAUAUGAACAGAUGGAUAGAACAAAUGCAACACUUAAGAGGAAUCCCAAAAUGGAACUGUCGAAAAAUGAUCUCAUCAAACUCGUUACUUACUUCGAAGGCGAAAUCCAAGCCAGGGACAUAGUCAUCGCAGCGCUUAAGUCGGAGAGGCUGAAGCAAGUCGUGAACGUCGGAAGGUACAGGCCCGCCGUGCUAUCGGACCCCUACACGGCCCUCCUGCGCGACAGCAUCGCCGACGGCCCGACCUCCAAGUCGCCGGCCACCGAGAAGGAGAUGGCCCAGGCGGCCGAGCACCAGCUGCAGGCGUUCGGGCAGCUCGUCCUGCAGCAGCGCUGGGCGCAGCAGCACAUGAUGAACGUGCUCAAAGAGGCCGAGAACAAGCACAAAAAGGUCAUCCAGGAGUUGGAGGACGAGAAGUGCAAGCACGAGCACGAUACGGCGCAGGGCGACGACAUCACCUACGGCUUGGAGAUGGAGCGGACGCGGCUCAAGCAGGAGCUGGAGAUCGAGCGGAACGCCCGGAAGAAAUUGGAGAAGGAGAUCAAGCGGCAGCUGGAGGCGGCUGACGAGGAGCGGGCGCGGCAGAAGCAGAUCGUGUUGCUUCUGUUGACCGAACGGAAGAAGAUAAUCGUUAAGUACGUCGAAGAGAGGAAGCGCAGCGAAGAUUUGGCGCAGAUACUCUCCGAAGAAAAGUCUCGAAUCGAUACGAUGGCGGAGGGGUUGGAAGAAGAAAGUAAAAAAUCGCUUCAGAUGGAAGCCGAAUUAGAAAAGCAACUUCACGUGUACGAAAACGAAAAGAAAACUCUCAAAGCGCAGUUAUCAGAAAAAGAAAUUAGGUGUCAAGAAUUAGAAGCGGAAUUGCAAAGACUUAAAGCGGAAUUCGAGGUUUUGAGAAGUCGAUCGGCAGUUCCCAAUGACGGUAGUGCAGCUAUGAUCAGCAGCGUAGCAAAGGUUGUGCAACCCACAGCUACAGUAUCCAGUGUACCCGUAUCUGGACCUACUACAGGUAUUGCACAAUCGGUGCUGCCAGGUCAAGCGUUGCGACAGACAGCCACAGCGCCUUCUCCCAGUAUACCCGCGAAACCCAGCGCGACGUCGGCGUCGGCGUCGGCCGUCCCCGGGGCCGCGCAGGCGCCGCUGAUGCGGACGCCGCCGAAGGUGGGCGGGUACCACGCGCAAUUCCAGCCGCCUUCGAUGGCCCCGCACACUCCCCCGAAGAAGAACGUGGCGGCGGCGAGGGGCAUGCCGCCUCCGAUACCUCCAAACAAGCCGGUGAUUCCUUCCAAAACGUCCGGCUCCGUCCGGAGAGCCGACGGCGGCGGCGGCGGCGGCGGCGGCGGCGGCGGCGGCGGCGGCGCGGAAAUCGAUAAGAAGAAACCAAAUGUACCUGUGAAGGACGGCGAGCCACUGCGGCCCGGACAAGGGAUUGAAAUGUUGGGUCAGGAGUUAGCUGACUUCCAACAGAUGUUCGUAACAAUGGCAACUAGCAAUAAUACUUAAAUUUGUAAAGCUAUUUCUACAUUCUCUAGACAAAAGGAAAAUAAUGUUGAGAUUGCGAAUGCAGGAAAGUUGUGAUUAGCUAAAUUUUUUUAUUUAUUUUAUUUAGAUUAAACUCUCAUUGGAACAAAUUAUCACCGAUACACUGCGUUUGAUUUCGUAUACCUGUUUAGCUCGGGACGUACCGUAUGAAAUGCUUGCGAGGAGCAAAUGUGUAGUUUAAAUCAUUUUAUAAGAUUUAUAAAAAUCGACAAUUUUUAUGAUUGUUUUAAAUAUGUUUGAUUGGUCGCCAAAAUUUUGAAAAAUGAUUAUUUCAUUGGCAAAUUUUAUUUGCAAUGUUUACCAUGUUUAUCAGUUUUUCUGAU